GCUGACCAGGGUGCCAGAAAGCCCCCAGGCAUUUCCCUGGCUCCUUCCCGGGUGUGGACACGAAACCUCCUUUAUCAAGCUUUAACAACAAGCGCAGAACCUGGACUUCGUUCAGCGGGUUGAAAAGGAUCAAGCAGGCCUUGUGGAGCGUGGGAAUCUAGCGACUUGAAAGGGGGCAGUUCAAGAAGGAAAACCUGCGUUCUGCCAUGAAACCACUUGAUAAGAGGUUGGAGGGCCCAAUGGCUGCAAAAUCGCAGUCCAACGAUCCCCAAACCAAGAGUCCUGGCAGCGUCACCUUCGGCAAGGCUGCGACCCAAGGGCAGUGGGGCCGUGCCUGGGAGGUGGACUGGUUUUCCUUGGCAAGCGUCAUCUUCCUGCUGCUGUUUGCACCCUUCAUCGUGUACUAUUUCAUCAUGGCCUGCGACCAGUACAGCUGCUCCCUGAUGGCCCCCUUGGCGGACAUCGCCACCGGGCGGGUUCGACUCUCGGACAUCUGGGCCAAGACGCCACCUGUGACAACAAAAGCGGCCCAGAUCUACGUGGCCUGGGUCACAUUCCAGGUGCUUCUGUACACGCUGCUUCCUGACAUGUGCCACAAGUUUCUGCCGGGCUACGUGGGGGGCGUUCAGGAGGGCGCCAUGACUCCCGCAGGAAUCGUCCACAAGUAUGAGAUCAACGGCCUGCAAGCCUGGCUCAUCACGCAUCUCCUCUGGUUUGUUAAUUCCUACUUCCUCGCCUGCUUCUCUCCCACUGUCAUCUUUGACAACUGGAUCCCGCUGCUCUGGUGUGCCAACAUUCUGGGCUACGCUGUCUCCACCUUCGCCAUGAUCAAGGGCUACUUCUUCCCCACCGAUGCCCGAGACUGCAAAUUCACAGGCAAUUUCUUUUACAACUACAUGAUGGGCAUUGAGUUUAACCCCCGAAUUGGGAAGUGGUUUGACUUCAAGCUCUUCUUCAAUGGACGCCCCGGGAUCAUUGCCUGGACCCUCAUCAACCUGUCCUUUGCAGCCAAGCAGCGGGAGCUCUACGGCCACGUGACCAACUCCAUGGUCUUGGUCAACGUCCUGCAGGCCAUCUAUGUGCUGGACUUCUUCUGGAACGAAACCUGGUACCUGAAAACCAUUGACAUCUGCCACGACCAUUUUGGGUGGUACCUGGGCUGGGGGGACUGCGUCUGGCUGCCGUACCUCUACACGUUGCAGGGUCUGUACCUGGUGUACCACCCCGUGCAGCUGCCCACCCGCUACUCCCUGGGCGUCCUGCUGCUGGGCCUGCUGGGCUACUACAUCUUCCGGAUGGCCAACCAUCAGAAGGACCUUUUCCGCCGCACGGACGGGCGCUGCCUGAUCUGGGGCAGGAAGCCCAAGGUCAUCGAGUGUUCCUUCACGUCGGCCGAUGAGCAGAAGCACCGCAGCAAGCUGCUGGUGUCCGGCUUCUGGGGCGUGGCCCGCCACUUCAACUACACCGGCGACCUGAUGGGCAGCCUGGCGUACUGCCUGGCCUGCGGUGGCGGCCACCUCCUCCCCUACUUCUACAUCAUCUACAUGGCCAUCCUGCUGACCCACCGCUGCCUGCGGGACGAGCACCGCUGUGCUAACAAACUUGGCCCAGGCAACCCAGAGAACUUGGCCACACCAUCCGGGGGCCUCACCCAAGCCUACCCCAAGGAGACCUGAACCCCAGCCUCAGGGAGGGGACACCCUUCACGUGUUUUCUUACCUUGGGCACACUCCUUGACCCGCAGGUAUUCUGUUUUUUUUUUUUUUUUAAUUUACUUAUUUAUCUUUGGCUGUGUUGGGUCUUCAUUGCUGCACACGGGCUUUCUCUAGUUGCGGCGAGCGGGGGCUACUCUUCAUUGCAGUGCACGGGCUUCUCACUGUGGUGGCUUCUCUUGUUGCAGAGCACGCGUUCUAGGUGCGCGGGCUUCAGUAGUUGUGGCACGCGGGCUUCAGUAGUGGUGGCUCGCGGGCUCUAGAGUGCAGGCUCAGUAGUUGUGGUGCACGGGCUUAGUUGCUCUGUGACGUGGGAUCUUCCCGGACCAGGGCUCAAACCCAUGUCCCCUGCGUUGGCAGGUGGAUUCUUAACGACUGUGCCACCAGGGAAGUCCCCGCAGGUAUUCUUGACAGCUCUCUUUAGACGUUACUGCCCUAGUCGAGUUAAUAAUUCUUUAUUCAGGUGUAUCUGGGAUGUAUUGCAGGUUUUGUUCCAGACCACCCCAGUAAAGCGGUUAUCACAAUAAAGCGAAUCACACGGGUUUUUUGGCUUCCCAGUGCAUAAAAAAGUUAGGUUUACACGAUUCUGUACUCUUUUAAGUAUGAAAUAGUAUUGUCUUAAAAGACAGUGUAUACACCUUGAUUAAAAAAAGCUUUAUUGCUAAAAAAUGCCAAAACGAUGACCAUGGUAACAUCACAGGUCACUGAUCACAGAUCACCGUUAACAAAUAGAAAGAAAAGUUUGAAGUACUGCCAGAAAUGCCAAGAUGUGACACAGAGACACAGAGUGAGCAAAUGCUAUUGGAAAAAUGGCACCGGUAGGCCUGCUGAAUGCAGGGUCACCAGAAACCUUCAGUUUGUAAAAAGCGUGAUUAUCUGCGAAGCACAAUAAAGUAGAUGUGCCUGUUUUAAACUUUCC